GAGCCAACAGACAUUCUGCUGACUGAUGGCUAUCCAACAUGGCGGAUGAGAGAAUGUCUGCUACGCAUUUUUCUUGGGCUUUUCUUGAGCGCCAAGAUUUUUCGAAAUAGUGAAGAAGAAAUAGUAUUUAUAUCAUGCAAAAAUAACUUUUGUUCACCUGUGUUUUUUGAUAUGUUCGCUCGCGCUGGACAGCCAGAGUUAGUACGAGCCAACCAAAAAGAUGUUCAUUACUCCAGCUAUCUCCGUGAAAACAUCGGGCAGGUUUUCAGAAAUUUCAAAGGGGUGCAUUCUUGGAUUAAAUGGAAGAAAGAACUUGAUGUCUUGGCAGAUGUUUGCUACUUUGGGCUAACUACUAUCUGUGGUUUCCAGACACUGGGUGAAGAAUAUUGUAAUAUUGUACAAGUUGAUCAGAGUAAAAGAGCUAUACCUCGCACUACAGCAAGAGCAGUCCAAGUUUUUCUCCAUACCAUCACUCCAUAUCUGCUCAACAAAUUGCUGAUGAGACUAGGGAGCCUUGCACAAUCUCAAGAGCAAUGGCCACCAUUUGCUAGCGAAGGUCUGAGAAUAUGGCUGAAAGACAAUAUUCCUGUCAUCCAGCAGUCUAUCUUAUUUCUUCACAGAGCCCACCUUGCAGUAUUCUACCUUACAGGGGUGUUUUAUCACAUUGCUAAAAGAGUUACUGGAGUGAGCUAUCUUCUUGUUAGGCGGACUCUAAAGGACAGUGCAUCAAGGCCAACUUACAGGCUCCUAGGCUAUCUGUCUGCAGUACAGCUUGCCGUGACUUUGCUCUUUAAGGUUUACCAGAAAUCCAAGGAUUCAAGUGUUGUGGUUCAGUGGGAGCUGUCAGAACUUCCCCGAAAAGAAGAACAACUCUCAGUUGUACCCCAAAGCAUGCCUGGAACUUUAAAGUGCUCGCUCUGCCUGGAAAACGUCAAGCACAUUACCUCAACUUCUUGUGGUCAUCUGUUUUGCUGGCACUGUAUAACUGAAUGGUGUAGUUCUAAGCCUCAGUGCCCUCUCUGCCGUGAACCUCUUCAGAUGUCAAGGCUGGUGUACCUUCAUCACUUUGAGCCAACAUAGAAACAUUGAAAUAGGAAAUUAGAUGUCCUAUACAAUAAUCAUGCCAUUAGCAUGCGCAAAUUAUUGGUGUACAUGUAAAUAGAUGGAUGAGAAGCAGGUCAUAUUCAUAUUCCACAGCCCCCAUGUGGUAAUGGGGGUGUGACAGAGGGCAAGUCCCUCAAAUAAGAUCAUGAGAUGCCCUUCCCCCAAAAAGAAAAAAAAGAAAACAAAAUAUUGUGUUAAAGACAAAGUGAAAAUUGCCAUAGCACUCAUGUGGUAGUAAGGGGAGGGAAGGUAUGACGGAGGAGGGAAAGCCCCUUGAAUAAGACCCCUCGCCCCCCAAAAAUGGAGCAUAGAAAUAGACAUUUGGUAUGCAUUGCAGAUUCUUUAUAAAUGAGUAUUGUUAUUUGACUCAUUAA